GUGCACGAUGGCUGUCUUCUCUUUCUCUCUCUCUGGUACCACGAAUGCCUCACCCCGAGCGAUGGGCAGUCUAACAGUGUCCUACCCGUUUGAUCAGUGCCCUUCCGGUGCCUUUCAGUAGGCACCACAACAUUAGAAACACGCAGGAUCGGAUGCGAUCCGGCAAACGCGGCUGAACGCAUGUUGCCGAGGACACAAAAUGCACAUCAACAGCACACACAUCAUGCAACGUCUAGCACUGCCGUCAGCCGCGUUCUGGCAGCACCAUGCUGAGGGUUUCUGUCCACAGGGCAACCCGCUCAACGUUUGGGAAGAACUACUGCUCAUAGCAGCACAAACGCCUGAGGGUUUCCGCGAAGCUUUGCAAGCGGCCGCAGUCGCUGUUGGUGCCCGUUACUGCAACCACGAUACUCCGCCGGGUCCGCUUCCUGAUAUCAGCAAACUGCCGGAGAUGCAGGCCGCCGCACAGCAACACGCUGGAUCAUGCGGAAAGUACCACGGGGAACACAUCGCCAACAUCGACGUCACCAUGGUGAAAGAGAGGGCAGCAGGAGCUGAGAUCACAACGAAAAGAAUGAGGAAUCAGUUUACGUCGACAAUAAUGGACGACAUGGACGACGUAGCCGCGUUCUGGCAGCACCAUGCUGAGGGUUUCUGUCCACAGGGCAACCCGCUCAACGUUUGGGAAGAACUACUGCUCAUAGCAGCACAAACGCCUGAGGGUUUCCGCGAAGCUUUGCAAGCGGCCGCAGUCGCUGUUGGUGCCCGUUACUGCAACCACGAUACUCCGCCGGGUCCGCUUCCUGAUAUCAGCAAACUGCCGGAGAUGCAGGCCGCCGCACAGCAACACGCUGGAUCAUGCGGAAAGUACCACGGGGAACACAUCGCCAACAUCGACGUCACCAUGGUGAAAGAGAGGGCAGCAGGAGCUGAGAUCACAACGAAAAGAAUGAGGAAUCAGGCCUGCUACGACGCCGGGACGGCGCUCAACGCGCGAGGCCGUGGGGUUCAGCUGAGGAGGCAGGAGUGCUUCACCCAGGCCUGCCGCGCGGUCUGGCCUGACGACUAGCCGCUGCCCGCAGCUGUACUUGCCGCAUUUUCGAUGUAGUGUGUGACGCACGUGCCAUCGGCUACGCACGCGGGGCAAGGUAGCUAUGUUGUCUGUUUUGAUGAAGCCGAGACCGGCGGGCGAAUGUGCUGGCUCGAUUUCCCAAUGGGCGAACGGGCUAGCGUAGUUGCAGCAUAUUCGACAUCAAUCGAAUAUCAGCCAGGUCUCAAACAUAAACGGCGCACGUGUGUGUUGACGGGGCGGGCGUUGGUGUGUCCCUGUGUAUGCUGGAAAGGCCGGUUGUUCACGUGCUGCUGCUAAUGGUGAAGGGUUGGGUCAACAUUCCGUCACACCUUCGUUGUGCAAAAAAAAUAGGAACACGAGUUCGUCACGGUUGUUGUCGGUCGCGCGGAGCAGGGCGGACUUGCACUUCGGGUGUCACUUAUGAAUAAACAUGAAUAUAUUAAAAAAAAAAGGUUGGCAAGAAAGACAUUUGGAAACGUGGCUCCAUGUGUCUUGGUUCUUUUGCCAGAGUUUCUUUCGUCUGUCCUUCAGGAAUAUCUUGGAGGUUCACGGGGAUUCCGACAGGUGCACGAGAACAUGUGCGUUCAAUUCGUUUGGCAUUCGAAUUAAGCUCAUUUAUCCCACCUCAUAUCAACACAAGAAAAACGGACACGAAUAUUGUGUCCUGGUAGUUGUAUGCAGAGCUACUCACCACGCUCACCCCCGUCACAGCCCGAACGUGACACCCCUCAAAUUUUCAAAACACACCGAAGAGCGGGGGGGGGGGAG